GCUGGGCCUGACUACGGGGAGGAGGAGAUAGCGAUAAAGGAGGGGUACAUGACGUCACGGCGGCCAUUACACGGAGCUGACGAGCCGGCGCUCCGGGGAGAAGGUGCGCUUACUGCGGAGGACCCAGGAUCUUAUUAGGUGGUCACAGGAGUAGCCCCGCCGCCUCUGGCUGUUGUACGUUUGGUGCGAUCGCGCCUCCUCUGUCCUGUGCUUGGUCCGGUUACCGGCUGAAUUAGACCACCUCCCCACUGAAACAGCAGCGAGUGCGGCCUCUGUGGCUCACCCACCCCGUCCAUCCCAGCGGGCGCACAACGGUGCCAGCCCGACCUUCUAGCAGCCUUAGUAUGGAUGAAAAGGCGUUUACCAAGGAGCUGGAUCAAUGGAUCGAGCAGCUGAAUGAAUGCAAGCAGCUGUCCGAGAGCCAGGUCAAGACCCUGUGUGAGAAGGCAAAAGAAAUUUUGACAAAAGAAUCCAACGUCCAAGAAGUACGCUGCCCAGUAACGGUGUGUGGAGAUGUUCACGGACAGUUUCACGACCUCAUGGAGUUGUUCAGAAUUGGGGGCAAAUCACCAGAUACAAAUUAUUUAUUCAUGGGAGACUACGUGGACAGAGGCUACUACUCGGUGGAGACGGUCACACUACUUGUUGCACUAAAGGUUCGGUAUCGUGAACGUAUCACUAUUCUAAGAGGGAAUCACGAAAGCCGGCAGAUCACACAAGUAUAUGGGUUUUAUGAUGAAUGUUUGAGAAAAUAUGGAAAUGCUAAUGUCUGGAAAUACUUCACCGAUCUGUUUGAUUACCUUCCGUUAACUGCCUUAGUGGACGGCCAGAUAUUUUGUUUACAUGGUGGAUUGUCACCUUCAAUAGACACACUGGAUCAUAUCCGUGCACUUGAUCGUCUACAAGAAGUUCCACAUGAGGGCCCGAUGUGUGACUUGCUAUGGUCUGAUCCAGAUGACCGUGGUGGCUGGGGUAUUUCCCCUAGAGGUGCUGGAUACACUUUUGGACAAGACAUCUCUGAGACUUUCAACCAUGCCAAUGGCCUUACCUUGGUUUCUAGAGCCCAUCAGUUGGUGAUGGAGGGAUAUAACUGGUGCCAUGACCGGAAUGUAGUGACAAUUUUUAGUGCUCCAAAUUAUUGUUACCGCUGUGGUAACCAGGCUGCAAUAAUGGAACUUGAUGACACUCUGAAAUAUUCAUUCUUGCAGUUUGACCCAGCACCGCGCAGAGGAGAACCACACGUGACCCGGCGCACCCCAGACUACUUCCUUUAAUGGAGUUUUACACUUGUACAGUAUUGCCACAAGCAGGAUUUUGACCUGGGAGCCGAGAAGGAGCAGUAACUACAGUCAGGAGAGAGCAUUUGUCACACAUGUACUGUUCUCAAAUGGACCAAAAGAUGUGCCAUAUACAAAAGCAAAGCCUCUCAUCUCAACAGCCCGUGACCACGUUAGAAAAGACCUGUUCAUUGCAUGCUGAAGUGACAUUGUCUGUCAAAAGAAAAUCCCAGUUUUCUGGCAUAGCACUACUUGUAGUUCCUUUUUGCUUUCUCAGACUGCAACAAACUUAAGAUUUAACAUUAACACCUCGUAAAUCCAAUUUAACUUUCCAUUUAGCGAUAGCGUUACUCGGCAUGAUUGUAGAUAAGGAUAGACCGUCUGGGAAACCCUGUAGCAGCCUUUUGGGGGGUCUCCUCCAUUGGUGUGAAGGGAUUUAAGGACCUUUAAAGAAUAUGUACCAAGGCCUACAUUGCCUCUUCCGUGACUUCAGAAAUGUGUUUAUUUUCAGGGAAAACAAUCUAAUUUAAUUUUUUUUCAUUUUCACCUUCGCCCACAAUUUUUCUCAAUUUGCGAUAUUUGUCGCUGUUCAUUGUUUAAGGUUAGUUUUGACAGAACAUUUUCUGUAACCGUUCGAUCCAAGGCAGCAAUGUUUUUUUUUUUUUCAUAAUAAACUUGUGAACGAAGUACUUAUCAAUGUGAAACUUGUCCUUUAUAUUCUACAAGAGAAAAGCAAAGACGUGGUUUGUGGAACUGUAACAUGGGCUCCAGAAAUGAAUAAAGUUUUAAACAGUA